AAGAUCAAAGAAAAAUAUCAAACAAACCUCUAUCCUUUUGCCCCUUUGUCUUCCAAACCCUCACAUUUACACACACACACCUACAAUGGCGUCUGCGAGUGCUUUCACAGCUCAGAUUUCUAACUUCAAUGGCAGACCCUCAUCAUCUCCCUCUAUCCAAAAACUAAGUCUAAAACCAAAUUUGGUUGGUAUGCGGGUCGUAUCUAAGCCUGGUCAUCUGAAAGGCGUUGAUAACCGCCGAUCUCUUCGUGUGUUCGCCCUAUUUGGAGGAGGGAAGAAGGAUAAUGACAAGGAUGAUGGAAAGGCAGGGGUUUUUGGAAACAUGCAAAAUCUAUAUGAGACCGUAAAGAAGGCACAAAUGGUUGUCCAAGUUGAGGCCGUGCGUGUGCAAAAAGAACUUGCUGUAGCUGAGUUUGAUGGUUACUGUGAAGGUGAACUAGUGAAGGUAACGCUCUCUGGGAAUCAACAACCCGUACGCACAGAAAUUACCGAGGCUGCAAUGGAAUUAGGGUCGGAAAAACUUUCGCUUUUGAUUACGGAAGCAUAUAGGGAUGCUCAUCAAAAAAGUGUCCAGGCGAUGAAGGCGCGUAUGGGUGAUCUUGCUCAGAGCUUAGGGAUGCCACCUGGCUUGGGUGACCAGUUCAAGCAAUAAUCCGAGCAGCCAUCCUCUAAAAAGCUGCAGUUUUGUAGACUCACGAUGCGAAAAGGUUAUAUUUUAUCUCUUAACUUGUAAUGAUAAUAAUAACAUUGACAAGUUUCUGUUAUUUUGGUCCAAAUUUUAUAAUUAGUUAAGUAUUUAUUCGUUAUGAUUA